CAAAGUUAGUAGCAAUAUGGGCAGCAAUUUUAACAAUACCAAAAAAGAAGCAAGUAGAAAUACAUACAGAUAGUAAUGCUGCAAUAAAAAAUAUCAGUAGAGGUCUAGAGCAAACAAAGAAUUUACAAAUAGAGUUAGUUAAAGUGAAAAGUUAUAGUAGAAAUAAGUGGAUUGACAAAGCUGAUAGCAUUGCAAAAAAAGGAGUAGCAAGCAGAAAGAUAAUAAAAGCUAAAGAA